AUGAUAAAUUAUCUGCUCAUCCAGGAUAAGCCGGCGGAACACCAUUCACAACAGGAGUCAGAUUCACAAUCAACAGAAAAUAAUUUAUCACAAUCAACAGAAAAAAAUCUAUCAGAGUUGCCAAGACCAAAUAAACGUCCUAGAAUUAAUCAAAAAGAUGAGAUGGUGUCCGAAGCACUGAGUAUUAUGAAGAAUAUCUCCGAACGACAAAAUGCCUCAAAGAUACUAGAAAAAGAUGAGGAUGGUUUGUUUGGAGAUUAUAUUGCUGCCCAGUUAAGAAAAAUGGAGCGGUCAACGAAAGCUAUUGUAAGACAUCGGAUCAAUAAUAUAAUAUUUGAAGCCGAAACUGGCAUUCGAGCCGAUAUGUUUUCGGAUUUUUCAAGACCAUCGUCAACACACAGUCAUCCGGGAUACUAUUCGGCUUCAAGACCAUCGUCAACACACAGUCAUCCGGGAUACUAUUCGGCUGCACCUACAAACUACUCAACAUCCGUAUACUCCGCCCAAUCCCACGAGACAGUUUCACCUCCAAAAACAUUUGAGGAAGAUAUCUCACCUCUAACUCGUAAUAGUACCCAGCAUAUUGAAGAUAUUUUAACAUCCCUAAAUCCAUAG